CCAACUAUGGAGACCACAACUCUCCACGCACAAUGCCAUUGCAAACGAGCCUCAUACAAGUUCUCCAUCCCUUCAUUAUCUCUUCCUUUGUCAUCCUCUUUCUGCAGCUGUUCGUCGUGUAGAUACGCGACAGGCCAACUUGCCGCCUCCUUCGCCGUCAUUCCUCUCGAUCCAGACACACUAGAUCUCGACGUCUCACAACUCUCAUCCUAUGCAUCUUCAAGCCACCGAACACGACAUUUCUGUCCAACUUGUGGCGCUAACGUGUUGGACUUUGAUAAUUCAGACAAUCUGUGGCGAGUAUGUACAGGUAUGCUAGAUCGAACUCAGAAUUUACUCAAACGGAACCAAAUUUUCCUUGGCGAUACGUGUGACGGUGGGUUGAGCGUCUGGAUGAACGGCAUGGGACAGAAAUUCGAAGGCAGCCCAGACGUCGAACCAUUCGACUUCAAGACCGAUCUACAUAAAGACAAGGAGUUGGACAAAGAUCUGCCUUCAACUGCGCAUCUUUUAGGCAUGUGUCACUGCCAUGGGGUACAAAUCAGAAUUCUCCCCCCGUCGGAAAAACAGCGAUAUUCUGCCGGUCUGGAUUUUUGUACCUCCUGUAGGACCACCACAGGCUUCGAGGUUACCUCUUGGACUUCGGUUCCAUUGUCUCAAAUCCAAGUGCCGGAGGGACAAUCCUUAGCAUUGUCAACGCGAACUCUCAAGACUUAUGCCAGUAGUCCAGGAGUAUCUCGAUCUUUCUGCGGGAACUGCGGCUUGACGGCUUUUGUAACGAAAGACAAUCAAAGCUGGAUAGAUAUUGCUGUAGGGAUGCUGAGGGCCGAGGAAGGGGCUAGGGCAGAGAGAUGGCUAGAGUGGAAGGAGAUAGGCUUUGCAGAGGAGGCCCUUGAUCAGGAACUAGUAAGCCAACUAAGGUAUGGACUAAAUCUUUGGAGAGGCAAACGCAAAUGGGCUUUGAUCUAUUGA